UUAUCAAAAUCAAGACUAUCGAUCUUAAUAGUCUUAACGACCAUGUCAAGUUACGCAGUUUACCCGAACCCUACCACCGAUCUCAUAAACCAAUCACAUCAAAUCACCAUCUUAUUAUCGACGGCCUUGGGCACUUUUUUGUCUUCUGCUUCGGCAAAUACGUUUAAUCAAAUCUUAGAAUCUCCUAUGGAUGCUCAAAUGAAUAGAACAAGAAAUAGACCGAUGGUACGGAAAUUGAUCUCAAGUGGUCAUGCUACUACCUUUGCUCUCCUCUCUGCUCUUUCGGGAACCAGCAUUCUAUACUUCGUUGUGAAUCCGAUUGCAUCUUACAUUUCCAUGAUCACCAUCUUGACAUAUGUGUUGAUUUAUACACCUUUAAAGCGGAUCUCGAUUCUCAAUACUUGGAUCGGAUCUAUAGUGGGAGCUUUACCACCCUUAAUCGGAUCAAUCUCAGCUGCUGGUCAUCUAAAUUCUUGGAAUGCGUUGUUUCAACUUCAUUCUUGGCUUAUUCCCAUCUUAUUAUACGUUUGGCAAUUUCCUCAUUUCAAUGCUUUGUCUCAUACGAUCAGAAGAGAUUAUGUGAAAGCAGGUUAUAUGAUGUCAUCAAGUUUAAAUCCUUAUUUGAAUUCUAAAGUUUCCUUAAGAUAUUCUUUAUUAUGUUUUCCUUUAUGUAGUUAUCUUAUACCGGUUUAUGAACUUUCGAAUUGGUAUUUUGCUUACCUUAGUUUGAUUCCUAAUCUUUAUUUAUCUUUACCGGCUUUUAGGUUUUGGUGGUCUUCUUUAGAUUCAGCUUCGAAAUUGUUUUGGGCUAGUUUGAUUCAUUUACCUAGUUUAUUAAUCUUAAUGAUUCUU